UUGCCUUCCUUCCAAAGAAGCAUUCAAUGUCGCUACCAGAAAUCGGCCAAACGAGAACUAUCUGGUAGCUGAGAGAAGAUGCGACAUCAGGAAGGGGUUAAAAAAAAAAUCGAACGGGUGGAGGCGCAGCGGUGGUCAACAUGCUAGCUGGGGUGGAGUGAAUUGUUGACAUGGAGAGCCACAAAUUAGCUGAGCUGAAGACUUCGAGGGUGGCUGCGUGAGAAGAAGAAAAAAAAAAAAUAGCGCGUCGAAAGAAGCCGCAGCGUCCAUUGUGUAGUAACGUAAAUUCGACGUCAGAAGCAAACAUGAGUGAUGUGAGCGAGGGUUCCUUGCUGGAUUACUUCUACUCCACUUCGGGCAGCUCAGGCAAAGUCAGAAAUGCAGACAUACUGAAGACUUUUAAGCCUUUUAUUGGCCACAGUGACGCCCAGUUGCGUGCUAAAUACAGAGAAGAAUUCAAAGUCAUUAUUGACGGAAUUGCUGUGGUCAAAUCAGAAAAUGGUGAGAAGUAUCUUUUCCUCAAGAAGAAAUAUAGACAACUGCUGCAAGCGCGAGACAAAGACAAAACUCAGAUGCCCGAUGUGGACGGGCAAAGACACUCAAGUCCCACCAAAGUGCAAGCGAGUGCACUGUGGGAGGCAACCGACGUCUCUGAUUGUCGCUCCCAGCAAAAGGAACGUUUGGAUGAGCUGACUACGUGUGGCGAGCCAGACAGCGCUAAUGAGUGGGAGUCUGAGCAAGAUGAGGAGUCAACAAGUAGUAUGGGUUCUGCUGCUGUUGCACUGGACCCUCUAGAAAAAGAAUGGAUCUACUUUGCAGCAGGCGCUAGAGUUCCUGACCUCUGUCAACUACUUCGACAGGACCCAUCGCUUGCCAACAAGAAGACUGCUCUGCACUGGGCUGCCAAACACGGCAACGAGGACAUGGCAGCUCUGAUCGCAAAUGCCGGUGCCGAUGUCAACACCAAAUCAGGUUAUACGCCUUUGCACAUUGCAGCGCUGCAUGGCCAUCAGAACAUUCUUGAUCUGCUCGUAGGGACCUAUGGUGCCAAGGAGAAUUUGAGAGAUUACAGCGGCCACCUGGCCUUCCAUUACCUCAACUACAAAGAGGCAGAGGUUCCAGAGGACGACUGUGAGCUGCAGUUUCAAGUGUCCCAGGCCAGAGAGCGUAACAGGAACAGGAAGUUGGCAUCGCUCUUCCAAUCCAAGAAGAAGUGGGGCUCAGCCGAGGACCUGGCGCCCAUCGAGGAAGAGAGGACGGCGCCGCAUCAGCUCGCUGUUCCCGCUUUCAGACCGAGGAAGUUUUCUCGCUGAUGGACCGUUCUGCAAGUUGAAUUCCCCUUUUUAGAAAUUGUCACUUGCUCGUAAGUUGUCAAUUUUCACACGGGACAGGACAAACAGCAUCCUCCUUACACACUCAAAACUGUUUCUUCAGGUAUUAUCUACUAUAUUUUGCGACCAUCGCAGUAUUAACACUCGAAUGUAGGUUGUCUUGUGAUUUAUGGCUUGCCUUAUAGCUCAGGAUAAUUUUCAAGUUAAGGAGUGCUGUUGCAUUUGUGUUUACACUUUGAACCUAAAAACCAAAAUAUUUUUUUAUUGGGGAAAAAAAGUGAACUAUCUACCUAAAGACUGAAUGCUUUACGACUUCUACAGUUUUACGAAACUUGACCGAUGACAGCCACUUACAUACUGGCUCAUGCUUGCACAGAUAGAAAUUCAAUUUUUUAGUCUUCUGGGGUAGAACUCUUGCAUUUCAUUAUUUCAUGCAAUACUGAAGCUUUUAUUUCAUUUUUUUUGUUCAUGCAAUUAAUUGAGAGAAAAUGUUAUGUGGUUAAAGUGAGCUGUGUCCAGUUUUUUUUUCUUUGUUUUGCGUGUUUUCUUGCCGCAAAUGUCUUCAAAUUUUUUGAUAAUCUGAGAAAUGACAUAAAUUACAGAAUAACUUGGCCUGGGUGGUUAUGUAAAAAAAUAAUCAGUUAUUUUGAUUGAUAUUGAAGUCAUGAUUAUCAAACACCAAUAUUCACUGAUGAAGUAUUAUUCAACUACCAAAACUCAACUUUAAAUAUGUAAACGACAACCAAAUACUAUAUUUGUAAUUAAACUACUACGACAAAAAAAAAAAUCUUCUUUGAACAACAGAAAAGGAUGCAAUUAUUAAAUUGAGCAAUGCAAAAUUGUCCAAGCUUAAUUGAAGAAACAGGCAAUUUCUCAUUAUUUCUUUUUCUUUAACUCAGAUUAAUUCAGUCCUCUGUUUGAUUUGAAGGAGGAGAAUAUGCUCAAAUCUGGCCUAUUUUUACACAAUAAAAAGGUUGAACAUGGAAACAUAUUUCAUUUUCACAAUGUUUACAGCUGACA